UAGCAUGCAGUUGUGAACUUUUGACUGCUAAUCUCUAGGAAGACUUUAAAAUGGUACAAAUGUCCUACACCUUUUGAAGCAAGUAGGAACUCUUGAAGGCGGGUACAGUACACCCUCUAAUUUGAGACGACUUUUCGAAAAUUGGGGUGAUCUCGGGGUUUGGUCUCAAAAAUUGGAAGUCACUGUAACAGUAUAUGUGUGAUGAGAAACUUGUGAAUGUCACACCAGAACUAAAAGGAAAACUACAUUCUCUUUUAUUUUGAGCACUAGAAGCAACAAGAUUUAAAAUAUUUUAAAAGGACAAAAAGAAGUGUUGGAGCAAUCAACUUUCAAAAUGAUCAGUGAUUUAACUAAACUUGAAAAAAUUGGUUCAUCAUUUCAUAUUGCUUUCCUAUUGGUGUUUACUGUAAUUGGUUUCAUCGGGAAUGGCCUUACAAUAUUUGUUGUUGUGCGCGUGAAGAAACUAUCAAAGCCAACUAAUUUCUUCAUCGCCAAUCUUGCUGUAGCUGAUCUGAUUGUAUGCGUUAUUGUAAACCCAUUUUAUGUAACCACUAUCAUUUAUCAAGGGUGGCCAUUAGAGAACGAUAUUUGCAAAUUCAUUGGGUUCUUAACAGCGUGGAGUUGCGGCGCGUCGUUAAUGAAUUUGGCCGCUAUUGCCAUUAAUCGCUACAUGUGCAUUGUAUGGUCACAUCACUACAAACGCACAUUCUCAGAAAAAAAUACGAUAUUGUUUUGCUGUUCAACAUGGAUUCUCGCACUCGUAUCUGUCCUACCGCCUCUCUUUGGAUUCGGUAGUUAUGAUCUAAAUACAAACCUCAUGUCGUGUAAUAUUUCAAGUUCACAUGAUUCUUGGCUGUACAUGGCAAGUAUUUUAAGUAUUUACUUCGGCUUUACUGGACUUAUCACAUGUUUCUGCUAUUACAAGAUAUUUAAGUUGGUACGCACAAGCUCAAAAAAGACCAAGAGCCAGUUACCCACAGAGAGGAAAAAAAAACAACUGUUUCAUCGCACAGACGUCAAAAUGGCAAAGAACCUUCUUCUCGUAUCGUUAAUUUUUGUAGUAUGCUGGGCCCCGAUUAUGGUUUUGUCGAUUGCUGAUAUGCAUGGGACUACUCCAGUGUUUCUUUGGAGAGUGGUAGGCAUUCUAGCACUUGCUAAUUCUAUGAUUAAUCCGUUCAUUUAUGCACGGAGGAAUAGAGCAUUCCAACAAGCCUACCUACAGACAAUGAAAUGCAACUGGGCUAAUUUUAGUAGUAUAAAUGAUAGCUUCCGACACACGGAUUCUACGGCAGGUUAACAUUUUAUGCAUACAUUUCAAACACACCGGUAUCUGAUAAAGUGAUAGCAUACCAACUAAAAAAAUGUACCAUAACCACGGUUUUGUAUACCGGUAACUGAUAAGCGAUAGCGUACCAACUAAGAAAAUGUACCAUAAUCACUGUUUUGUCGGGUCUGGGCAAUGGUUUGCUUAUUUGAAUCUUUAAGAUCUUAUUUUUAACGUCAAAUUAUUAAUACGGUAAAUUAAUACUAAUAGGGCUUGCCAAAAUCAGAUAUACAAUAGUAUCAACAUUCUUUAUAGAAUCAACGAGGUUGUUUGAACAUUCAAUAUCAAAUAGUGUUUUCAGAUAUAUUUGAUUAAAAAAAAUUAAAACAUUAUGUCUGACCACAGUUUUUGGAUGAGGAAUGUCUAUUUCAUCAAUCUUAAGAUCUGUCCACACUAUCAAAUUUUCUUUCACAGAAAACUGCUGUAUGCCCAUAUAGUCAUGGUAUGCCUAUAUAUGUUCAUGAUGUGAUGUCACCAUGACCAUAUUUAGGCAUGUCACUUUUUUGUCAAAUAUGAAAUAGUCUAGACAGGGUUUUACAGUGCAUGUCUGGUUUCAGUGACCUUUGACACCAAUAACUUUCUUUAUACCAGCAAUAACAACAAUUAUGACUAAAUGUUUUGAUAGUAAUGUUCUCUAGUUGAUCAUAAUAUUGAUUACAAUAAUUGCAAUAUGUGAUCAUAAUACAGAUCAUUAUUCAUAAUUGUUUUAACACGUUGACUACCUGUGUGCCAAAACAAGUUUACAUGUUAUAAAAACUUUACUACAAAUAUUGGAGAUUUCAAUAACUGGUAGAACUAAGGAUUGGUAUACUAUGGAAGAAAUAAAUUAUGUAAAUUUCCUAUCCUAAUAUAUAUCCUCCAUUGUAGCAGUGCGCAAGACCUUGUUUGGGCUCAAUUUUGCAAUCUGUUUUUUAAUUUUUUCAUUUAAUGUACUGUAUAUGUUCGUCUUGUAAUGGUUUAGUGAAUAAUGGAAAUAAUUGCAAUAGUAAUAUUAAUAUUAAAUAAUUGAUAUAAUAAUAAUAAUAAUAAUAAUAGUAAUUUUAAUAAUAAUUUUUGUGUCCUUUUGUGGGAUUUACCUUAUGUGAUUUUUAUUUGUCACUAUGUUAGGAUUUUACUGUUUUUAUUAUUGACGUUUUUUAUGUGUCUUCUCCUUAUUCUGAUUGUACAUUUCAAAACCCAUAUUUGUUUUGCAAUAAAUUUAUAUUGAAUUGAACUGAAUGUACAAACAUACUUUUUUGAAAUUUUAUUAUCAAGUCAUCAUCAAAAUGAUGUGUGUAAUAAAUUGGUGGGAAAAUAUUAGGGGAUGAGUAAACUCGCCGACGGCACUGUGAUAGCACUUUUUAUUGACUGUGCCAAGUGCAAGUUAUCUCGUCCGCUUUUUGCAUGUGUUGGUAUGUGUUCCAAGAGCGCCCACACUUGUGCCGCUCGAGUGUACUACCAACAACAUAACACAACAAACAUACAUACGUCAUUUGUAUGUUAUCGUCUAGGUGUAUCUUCCCCAAACUGUUGAGUCUGUGGUUCUACAAUGUAUAACAAAUAAGUUAUAAACGCUAGAAUGUUACCCUGAUUUUGACGGGUAUAAUCGUCCCUGGCAGUCAACCUGCUAACCUGAAAAUGUUUCUACUGUACAGUAUUGUAUUUUAUUGAUAUGAGAAAUAAGUAUUUUGAUAUCUACGUCUAUAUCUUUGUUUUGUACUAUAUUAAGUUUGGAUACUUCAAUAAUAUUAUUUAUUUUGGAUGUAAAAUAUACUGUAGUUUAAAAAGCAUUAAAUUGGCUGUGCUGAUAGGGUAUAACUUACUUACCUAUGGAAAUAAGAUUUCUUCAGGGGCACAGGCUGGUUUUGGCCUUUGUGGGAGGAGGAAGGUCUGGAAAAUGCGAAUGUGAAACUAAAUUCCUAUUCCAAUGAAAAGUUAAUGGUUAUUUUUAGUAUUUCUUUUUUUGGAACCAAUUUGAUGCAACCCCCACCCUAAGCCGAAGUCCUUGUAUUCUUUUACUUGUACUUGUUAUAUUUAUAAUUAAUUAAAAUUAUUUUGUUGACAUAUUUAUUCACAUCCAUUUAUGGGAACACCAAAGUGUAAAAAGUGUUCUUGGAUAAAUAAAGUUUAGUAUUAAUAUUUUAAAA